GGGCUCGGGGUCCUCCUGUUCUAAAAAUGAAAGUAGAGUUUCACAAUGACAGCAGAAGAGGUUGAAUCACUGAAGAACCAGGGCAAUGAGUGUGUCCGGAAAGGUAAUUUUGCGGAAGCCAUCAUCCAUUACACCCACGCUGUCCAGAAAGAUGCAAAGAACCACGUAUUGUACAGUAACAGGUCACUAGCAUUCUUAAAGAUGCAGCAGUUUUACUAUGCACUGGAGGAUGCUAAAGAAACAAUCAAACUUCAGCCAUACUGGGCCAAGGGGUACUUUAGGAAGGGAGAAGUGUUGUUUGCUGUUGGGAAUCAUGAGGCAGCCUUGUUGUCUUAUGAGCAAGCAUUUAAAAUUGAACCUAAUGACAAAGGGAUUACGGAGGCAAUCAGUAAAACAAGGAGAGAGAUGACAAAGGCAAGGAAAGAGAAUGCGAGACGUCCGUGGAUCUGGGGAGGAGGGGGAGUCUUACUGGGGGUGAUAGUUGUAUUCUGUGACCAGUGGCUGGCAGAGAAACCUGUUCUACAGUACCUGAUACUACAGGUUUUGUUAGUAGCUGUGUUUGGUGGCCUGUCCCUCCUUGGAUCCUAUGCUUUCAAAUUCAUACACAACAAUGACAGAUCUAGUCUAUUGGAGCCUCCUCUUGAUUUGUUUGGUGAUUCAGGUAAAACACAAAGUGAAGGAGGGAGUAAAAAUGCAGACCCAGGUCAAACAUCAGAGAAACACGCACAUCGGCGGGGAGGGGCAGGGACAGGGAGACAGAGAUACAGAAUGGGGAAGUCAUGACAAUUUCAUCAUUAUAGAGAUAGGGGUGCAGAACGGGGAAGUCAUCGGUACUUGGUAACCAUGGAGACAGUUUUCUCUGUGUUAGCUUAGGUUUAAGAAAUACUUUCCCUUCUAAGAUGUAAUAUGAUGUAAAUGAAUGUUCUGUAUGACAAUGAAUGUAAAAUAUGUGAGUGACAAUAUUUAUUGAAUUACUCCAUGUGUACGGGAGACUAGGGAAAACACUCUCUGUAUGAUUCAUUUUAUUGUUCUGAGUAGGAGAAAAAUGGUACAUUUGAUGUACAAUGAUUUAUAUGGCCAUGCUUCCCUGCAAUAUAACAGUCAUAUGUGGUAGACAUAAGCAAAGGCAAUAUACACAUCACACACAUUCAGUUUUAUAAUCUCAAAAAAAAUCUUUGUUUAAAAAUCUGCUUUUUAUAUCUUCAUUACGAAUGAGAAUCUGCAUCUUUUUUUUUUUACCUAAAUAGAUUAUUAUACAUGCUUAAUUUUUCUGAUGACAACCAUUUGCCAUUUUCUGUCAACAAAAUAAAUUUUCUUAUGCAUUCUCACAAUGUGCUGGUGAUCUGUCUUAGUUUAUAACUUUUGAUCCAGACCCUAUUGAAUACUGCAAGGUAUCACUCGUUAGAAUCAUAUGUGUUGGUCUCCAGAUUUGACUUUGUUAAGAGAUUGUUAAAGAUGGAAGCUUGUUCGGAUGUGGAAAUAUAAAAUUCUUCAAGUGCUAAAGCAUUAUGAAUUUUAACAUGGUGAAUAUCUAGUAUCUAAAUUAUUUCAAUAUCAUUAGUAUGACAAGUGAACUAUAGAUUUUUGAAUACUUUUUUGUUGAAUUUAAUUCAGGCAUUUUAGCAAAUAAAUCUUACUGGAACAUGUCAUGUUAUCAUUUUGUAUUUUUUCGUAAGCAUAUACAGAUAUAUAAUGCAUUAUGAAUUGAAAGCACCGACAAUGUGUAUGAUGAUAAUAAAGAAUUAAUUAGAUGUAUUUAUUACAUUAUACCUUGUGUUAUGUAAUUUGAGACAUGCAUCGUCAAGAGUGAAUCCAAUUACAUGUUUUUGCAAAGUUUUCUACCCGUAGUGUUCAGUUUCAUUUCUAGGGUUCAUUUCUCUUGCUGUUUUUAUUUGCAACUAAAUUUCUUAUGCCUGUUCUGGAUGAUUCAGUUGUAUUUAAUUUUAAUAAUGACAUUUUAUUU